AUGCCUACCGCUACCACUGGCGCCGCCAACGGCGUGCCCAAGAUUCAAGUCCCAAAUGGCGACCUUCAAGAUCACGAAACCCCCUUCUCAGCCAACGACAACAUUCGCAGAUUUGCGCCUCCUUCAAGAGCGCUGAGCCCUUCACAAAAUGCUCUCUUCCACAACAAGACAAGAUGUUUCGUCUAUGGCAUGCAACCCAAGGCUGUCCAGGGGAUGCUUGACUUCGACUUCAUCUGCAAAAGAACGACCCCCUCUGUGGCCGGAAUCAUCUAUACCUUCGGCGGUCAAUUCGUUAGCAAGAUGUACUGGGGCACCAGCGAGACUCUGCUACCCGUCUACCAGUCUGUGGAGAAGGCCUUUGAGAAGCACCCUGAUGUUGACACCAUUGUGAACUUCGCCUCUUCGCGAUCCGUCUACAGCUCAACAAUGGAACUGAUGGAAAUCCCUCAAAUCCGCUCAAUCGCAAUCAUUGCUGAGGGCGUCCCUGAGCGACGUGCUCGUGAAAUCAUGGUCAAGUCAAAGGAGAAGGGUAUCACGAUUAUCGGGCCUGCCACUGUUGGCGGUAUCAAGCCUGGUGCUUACAAAAUUGGUAACACUGGUGGUAUGAUGGACAACAUUGUUGCCUCCAAGCUUUACCGCAAGGGUUCGGUCGGCUAUGUCUCUAAGUCGGGUGGUAUGUCGAACGAAUUGAACAACAUCAUUUCCCAGAACACCGAUGGUGUCUACGAGGGCAUUGCCAUCGGUGGUGACAGAUACCCCGGCACUUCAUUCAUCGACCACCUGAUCCGGUACCAACAGGAGCCGGAGUGCAAGAUUCUCCUCCUGCUUGGCGAAGUCGGUGGCGUUGAGGAAUAUCGAGUCAUCGAAGCCGUGAAGAACGGCGAGAUCACAAAGCCAAUCGUUGCCUGGGCUAUCGGUACUUGCGCCAGCAUGUUCAAGACUGAAGUCCAAUUCGGUCAUGCCGGCGCAUCUGCCAACUCUCAGCUCGAAACUGCGCUCGUCAAGAACCAGAAGAUGAAAGAAGCUGGUUUCUAUGUCCCAGACACCUUCGAGGACAUGCCCAAGGUUCUGAGCGAGCUCUACCAAAAGUUGGUCAAGCAAGGCACCAUCACGCCCGCUCCUGAGCCGGCAGUGCCCAAGAUCCCUAUGGAUUACGCUUGGGCGCAAGAACUUGGUCUUAUCCGAAAGCCCGCAUCCUUCAUUUCCACCAUUUCAGACGACAGAGGUCAGGAGUUGCUCUACGCAGGUAUGCCCAUCUCAGAUGUCUUCAAGGAAGAGAUCGGUAUUGGUGGUGUCAUGUCACUCCUGUGGUUCCGUCGCAGACUUCCGCCCUAUGCCAGCAAAUUCUUGGAGAUGGUUCUCAUGUUGACUGCUGAUCACGGUCCGGCCGUCUCUGGAGCCAUGAACACCAUUAUCACCGCCCGUGCCGGUAAAGAUCUGAUCUCCUCGCUCGUCGCUGGUCUAUUGACCAUCGGCUCCCGAUUUGGUGGUGCUCUUGACGGUGCCGCCGAGGAAUUUACUAAGGCCAUGGACAAGGGCUGGUCGCCCAGAGAAUUCGUCGACACCAUGAGAAAGGAGAACAAGCUCAUCCCUGGUAUCGGUCACCGAAUCAAGUCCCGCAACAACCCUGACUUGCGUGUCGAGCUUGUCAAGGACUUUGUCCUCAAGCAUUUCCCGUCUCACAAGCUCCUUGACUAUGCCAUUGCCGUCGAGACUGUCACCACAUCCAAGAAGGACAACCUGAUCUUGAACGUCGACGGGUGCAUCGCCGUCUGCUUCGUUGACUUGCUCCGUGAAGGUGGUUCGUUCUCCGCCGAAGAGGCUGAGCAAUAUCUCUCCAUUGGCAUUCUCAAUGGUCUCUUCGUAUUGGGCCGGUCCAUUGGUCUGAUUGCCCACUUUUUGGAUCAGAAGAGACUUCGCACUGGUCUCUACAGACAUCCGUGGGAUGAUAUUACAUAUCUCCUCCCUACCCUCGGAAAGACGCCCGGAAACGAGGGACGUGUCGAAGUCGACCCCCAGUAG